AACAGAUCAGCGAUGCCGACACACCCGUCGCAUUUCCAUAGGGAGCACCUCAACCGUUGACGGAGUUGUUUUGAAACAUCACUGAUAUCAACCGCGUUUUGUUUCGACCGCAUGCCGAUCGAUGGCUUCAAGGUCUAAGAGGCACCUCGAGAUUCGAAAAAGUACAGACUACGGGCAUGCCUCUGAGUUUAUGUGAGCGGAGGAAUGACCCGAGCUUGGCUGGCUGUCCCUCUCAGUUAUCAGUUAUCAGUUCUCAGAUGGAGACGACGGCACGCGCAUUGCAUCGAACUGCAUGUACAGUACAUACCUUGUUUGUGUAUGUACGAUGUAUGUAUGUAUGUACAUGUGCCUAGUUUCCACCAUAACGUUAACGACGGGCUGUCUCCACAUUCGCCAUGCACGUUGGCAUCAGAGGCGUUUUCUUGCUUCGGCACGCUCUUCCAACCGAGGACCGGUUCCUGCAACUACUGCAUCGACCGCGCCGAACGAAACGUGGUUUCCGACUCCUCCCAUGAGGAGAGAUGAGGCUCGUCGGUGCCGUCGUUUGCGGAGUGGGGGG